AUGGACUGGCUUCCCAGACAAAGGACGAAACAAUCUACUAAGACAUCAAGAGGGAGUGAAAUAUUCUUACUCGGGGCUACUGAUGGGAAAUGUCACAUAAUUUCAAAAGAGAAAAGAAUAGAACGAACUUUAGAUGCUCAUCAGGGGGCUGUUUUAUCUGCGAAAUGGAAUUUCGAUGGAACUACUUUUGCCACAUCUGGAGAAGACGGGCAAAUAAAAAUCUGGUCACGGGGUGGGAUGUUAAGAUCUACCUUAUGUCAACACAGUUAUCCGAUCUACUCGAUUGCAUGGGGUGCUAACUCUAAUAUGAUGGUUUUUUCCCUUGACAGACAACUAGUUACACAAUCUCUUCAAGCGAAUGUUAAACCUUUUGCCUGGAAAGCUCAUGAUGGUGUCAUUUUGCAAGUUGAUUGGAAUGUCAUCAACAAUCGACUUAUUUCUGCUUCAGAGGAUUGUAAAUACAAAGUAUGGGAUAAUUACGGGAGGCUCUUAUAUUCGAGUACGCCUUUUGAAUACCCAGUUACUUCGAUUUCAUGGUCUCCUGAUGGUCAGUUAUUUGCAGUUGGAUCAUAUGCUACUCUAGUGUUGUGUGAUAAACUUGGGUGGACUCAUGCUUUGGAGAAAACACAUACUGGUAGUAUUCUGAGUAUUAAAUGGUCUCCUGAUGGUAAUCAAUUAGCAUGUGCUGGUGGAAAUGGUCGAAUAAUUAAUGGAUAUGUCAUUGAAACAUGUUUAGAAUGGAAUGGUUUUGAAGCAGUGUUAACAGAUGAAAGAACUGUUGUAUUGCGCAAUAUGCGAAAUGAAUCAAUAGAACGUUUAGAAUUCCGUGAUCGUGUAUCAAAAGCAUCAUUUAGUUUUAACUACUUUAUUGUAGUGACCAGCACUCAGUGCUAUGUAUACAAUAUUAAAAAUUUCAAUACACCUAUCAUUAUUGAACUUAAAGAAUCCAGCGUUACUCAUAUUUCUCAAUGUCAGAAAUAUUUUGCUUUAGCUGAUGGAUCCAGUGUGUAUAUCUACAAUUAUGAUGUACGUCUUGUUUGUUCAUUAAAACAUGCUAAUAUACACGCGGAACAAAUUUAUGCAGAUUCUAUAACUAUGAGCAAUGAUGUAAUUGGUAUUAAAGAUCAAUUAGAUAAGAAAAUCAUUCACUUAUUUGAUCCAUCGAGUGGUAAAACGCUAGGUGAUGGGAAACCAAUAACCCAUUCAAAUGAAAUCAUUAAAAUCAGCUUAAAUCAAAUGGGAAAUUCAUUCGAUCGUCGAUUAGUUCUGUUAGAUAAUAACAAAGACUUAUAUUUAAUGUCAAUUAGAAUACUUGGUAAUCAAAGGAAAAUGAUUAAAUUAGCUACAAUGGUUAGUUCAUUUCUAUGGGCUGAGACAUCAAAUAUUUUGGCAGCCAUAACAAACGACAAACUUGUCAUCUGGUUCUAUCCUGAUAUUGCAUUGACCAAUAGUGAUAUACUUAACUUAACACAAGAAGAACAUAACAUAACUGAUGAUUAUGGGAAACAAUUAGAAUUGAUUAAUUUUUAUCGAGAUCGAAUAAUGAUAAAACGUGCUGAUGGAAGUACUGUUUAUUGUCCGAUUUCAAUUUACCCUGAUAAACUACAUCAAUUAAUUAGUCAAAAUAAAUGGAAUGAAGCACUCAAGUUAUGCUGGACAGUUAAGGAGCGGAUUCUUUGGGCAUGUUUAGCUGGCUUAGCAACAAAUGCUAAAAUAUUGGAUGUAGCAGAAAUAGCAUUUGCUGAAAUUGAAGAAGUCGAUAAAGUGGAAUAUAUUCGAUAUAUCAAAAGUUUACCUACAACAGAAAUGAAAAAUGCUGAAAUAUUACUUUUAUCAGGUGAAUAUCAAGAGGCUGAAGCAAUUCUGCUACAGAAUCAUUUAUAUUUUCGUGCUAUUAUGCUCAAUUUACAUGCAUUUAAAUGGAAUAGAGCACUUGAAUUGGCAAAUAAAUAUAAUUUAGCAGUUGAUAUUGUAUUAUCAAUGAGACAUGAUUAUUUAAAACAAUUAAAUCGUGUUGAAGAAUUACAUUCAUUUAAUUCACAACCAAAACAAAGUACAUUGGAUGCACCGGAAUUGAAAGAAAGAAUUGAAGAGGAAUAUUUAAAUGAGAAGAAACAACUCCAAGAAUUAUCAACCACUUGA